GAAUGAUAAAUGAAUUCAGCGUCAGUGCAAAACUUCGAAGCUGCUAUUGCCGAAAUGUACACUCAAAACACCGACGGGUUUGCGGGGGAAACUGUGACUGUUCUACCGCCACAUUAUCAAAAAGUGAAGCGCCAGGAGAUGUGUUUGCGUCUAGUCACGCUGCUAUUUCUGAUGAGCUGUGCCGCUGCUUAUUUCCUGACCCUUCAUGUCAGAAGUGAUCCAUCUACGAAUCCUGUUUUGCAACACACUGCAGGCAGCUCCCAGAAGCAAGUUUCCUCAAGUCAACUAUGCAGUAAGGACACAGGUGGUACCCUGGCUUCCGUGCAGUCAAAGCCAAAUGCGCUUGUCACAAGUCCUUCAAAUCGGGAGACUUUGUCAGACAACAGUAUUGUUCAGUGGUACUCUGAGAAGAUAGGUCUAGUGACACUGAAAGGAUUUACUUAUGACCAGGAUGCACAGGCUCUUGUGGUCCCUCAGUAUGGAAGUUAUUACAUCUACACAGGGAUGAACCUGCAGCUGGCAGCCAGCACCUGCGCUAAAAAUAACCAAACAUUUGAGAUGCAUGUCCUCACCCACCGGCCUAGUUACCCCAAGGACAAGGAGUUUAUGGUGGUAAAGGAGAGUAUUAUGGGGUGCGGGGGUUAUAGGACUGUGUACCUGGGCCAGGUGAUGUUGUUGGAGAAAGGUGCUCUCCUGAAGGCCAAGAUCAUCAGUGGCAGUAAUAUGGUCCAGACCACCAAGGACUACUCCAUAUACUUUGGUGCUUAUCUCAUAUAAAUGCACAUGACCAUGUCUAUGCCAUCUGUGUCAUAUUUUUGGUAUUGUUUCUAUAACUAACAUGCAAGCAUAUUUAAAGUUAAUCUGUAAAGAAUCCAUGUUGAUUCAGUGAUAAUACGUGUGUGUUAUAUGCUGUUAUCAGGCUUUCUUUGUACCAAAGCUGAGCAUUAUGGAUGAUUCAUAGAGGAAUUUCAUUAAAUUGUGCUUGUAUGAAUCAUGUGUAACUUAACAUUUUAAUUAAUUAAUUUUCAUACAUUUUAAUCUGAAAAAUGUAAUGCCCAACAAUCUUAUGUGGGCUAUGGAAACUACUGAUUUGUUUUAUAUUAAAACUUCAUCUUGAUAAGAUCAAUCUAUGACAAAGUAGAAACUACUUUCCUACCUUCGAUUAAAAUGUCACA